UGCUUCUCAAGUCUGAACUUCCACCAUCCCUAGCAAGCUUCUGUGCAAAAUACACACAUCAACUCCACUUCUCCUCCCCCCUCUUCUUGUGCACAAGCAGAAUCAUCCUCUUCGCUGAUCUUGAGUGCUAAAUAACUUUUCUGGAGUGCGGUGCAACACUGAUAAUAAAGAGAACAAAGAAAAUUGAUCAAGUCGCAUACGUUUCGGAGGAAAUAAGAGAGAUUGGAUCGGAGAGGCUCGCUUUCGUAUUCUCAAUAAUAGAUCAAAGCAACCAUGCAAAGCUCUUCAGAGAAAAGACCAGGCAUCUACACUUACAUAGCUCAGUGGCCUAUAUAUUCACUAGCCUGGUCGGUUCGACAGGACAAAAAAUCACGUCUUGCCAUAGGAAGUUUCCUUGAAGACUAUAGCAACAAGGUGGAAAUUGUUCAAUUCAACCGCGACACUUCUGAUUUCACCACUGAUAGCCGCCUAAUCUUCGACCACCCUUAUUCACCUACAAACCUCAUGUUCUUCCCCUCCGAGGAUGCUGCAAAUCCUGAUAUCAUCGCUACCUCCGGAGACUACUUGCGCAUAUGGCAAAUUCAUGAUGACCGAAUCGAGUUGAAGUCUCUCCUUAAUGGCAAUAAGAGUAGUGAAUUCAGUUCUGCCAUAACUUCAUUUGACUGGGCUGAUUUCGAUGUUCAUCGUGUGGCCACUUCUAGUGUCGAUACCACUUGUGUGAUUUGGGACAUAGAGAAGGAAGUUAUAGACGCUCAAUUAGUUGCACAUGAUAAAGAAGUGUUUGAUAUUUCAUGGGGUUCAUUCAAUAUUUUCGCAUCAGUGUCGGGUGAUGGCUCGGUUAGAGUUUUCGAUCUAAGGAACAAAGACAGAUCAACAAUAAUUUAUGAAAAUACAAUGCAAGACUGUCCUUUGCUAAGGCUAGAGUGGAACAAAAGAGACCCGAGAUUUAUAGCCACAGUUGGCAUGGACAGUAAUAAGGUUGUUAUUCUGGACAUUCGCUUUCCUACAACUCCUUUAAUGGAGCUAUGUAAGCAUAAGGCAAGUGUGAAUGCUAUAUCUUGGUCUCCAUGCACCGGAAGGCAGAUAUGCUCGGUAGGUGAUGAUUCAAGGGCUUUGUUAUGGGAAGUGGUUAGCAAGGCCGGAGUGCGACCAGAAUACAGCGGUGCUGGCGCUAAUAGCCAAGUGGAACCUGAAAUGUGGUAUGGAUCAAUGGCGGCGAUCAAUAAUGUGAGGUGGUCACCUGUGGAGUUGGAUUGGAUUGCUAUUGCUUUUUUUAGCAAGUUACAACUCCUGAAGGUCUAAGACAUUGCUGCGGCAUCGAUCGUAGCUUAAAAUGCAAGUGAUGGAAUUGUACUCAUUUAAAGGGGGAAAAAAAAACGAGCGAGGGCGUCCUUCUAUAUCUAGAAAGAAAGGGUAAUUAUCUUAAAAAAAAAAGAAAAGUAAAAGAAAUGCCACCAUUUCUUUGUGAGAGUCUGCACCCAAACUUCAAUAUAGUUGAGUGGGUAAAUAAGAAAACAGUCACAUGCGGGGGGUUAGAUUAUAUGAGAGUGGUUGCUCAUGAACGUGGUGGUAGGUGGAAAGGGAAAACACACAAACUGGAUAGGUCCCGCUGGUGACCCAUCACUGUACGAGCAUACGAGGUCGGAAAACUGCCUUUUCCAUCCUUGUACUUGUUAAAGUGUUGACUGUAAAUCUAGCAUUAUGUAUUGUCGUUUCAUUAAA